GACGGGAAACUUACUGUAACCACGGAGCGACUCGACCUUGAUUUAUCCCAAUAAACUGGUUGUGUUUCGUAUCGAUCGGACACCGGAGUCAAGAUGUUUUACACAUGUGGACCCAACGAAGCCAUGGUGGUGUCUGGCUUUGGCCGUUCUCCUCCUCUAAUGAUUGCUGGAGGACGAGUGUUUGUCCUGCCGUGUAUUCAGAAGAUCCAGAGGAUCACGCUCAACACGCUGACUCUAAAUGUGAAGAGUGACAAAGUCUACACCCGUCAUGGCGUCCCUAUCUCUGUCACUGGCAUUGCACAGGUGAAGAUCCAGGGUCAAAACAAAGAGAUGUUGGCCACCGCCUGCCAAAUGUUUAUGGGCAAGUCUGAGGGUGAGAUUGCCCAAAUUGCACUGGAGACACUGGAGGGACACCAGAGAGCCAUCAUUGCGCAUUUGACCGUUGAGGAGAUCUACCAGGACCGUAAGAAGUUCUCUGAGCAGGUCUUCAAGGUGGCCUCAUCUGAUCUGGUCAACAUGGGCAUCGGUGUCGUCAGCUAUACGCUCAAAGAUGUUCAUGAUGAUCAGGACUACCUUCACUCCCUGGGUAAAGCCAGAACAGCCCAGGUGCAGAAGGAUGCCAGGAUUGGAGAGGCUCAGUACAAACGAGAUGCUGUCAUGAGAGAAGCCAACGCAAUGCAGGAGAAGGUUUCAGCCCAGUAUAAGAAUGAGAUUGAGAUGGCAAAAUCCCAGAGAGACUACGAGCUAAAAAAGGCUGCCUAUGAUGUUGAGGUCAACACCAAGAAGGCCGAGUCAGAAAUGGCCUAUCAGCUUCAGGUGGCCAAGACCAAGCAGCGCAUUGAGGAGGAGAAGAUGCAGGUUCAGGUGGUGGAGCGAACACAGCAGAUUACACUGCAGGAGCAGGAAAUCAUCCGCAAGGAGAAGGAGCUGGAGGCCAAAAUUAAGAAGCCUGCAGAGGCAGAGAAAUACAGACUGGAGAGGCUGGCUGAGGCACAGCGCCUGCAGCUCAUCAUGGAGGCUGAAGCUGAGGCAGAGUCCAUCAGAAUGAAGGGUGAGGCAGAGGCUUUUGCCCUGGAGGCUAAGGGUCGUGCCGAGGCCGAGCAGAUGUCCAAGAAAGCUGAGGCCUUCAAGCAGUACCAAGACGGAGCCAUGGUAGACAUGCUGCUGGAGAAACUGCCACUGAUGGCGGAGGAGAUCAGCAAGCCACUGACAGAAGCCCGCAAGGUCACUAUGGUGUCCAGUGGCGGCUCAGAGUGGGCGCAGCCAAACUCGCUGGAGAGGUGCUAGAAAUCAUGACCAGGCUGCCUUCCGCUGUGGAGAAACUCACUGGAAUCGACAUUUCCCAG